CUCGCUAGUAAUCCGGUUUAGUAAGUCUCGUCGAUCGCGGCAAAUUUAGUUGCUUGCAUUUCGCCCAUUGUGCGCGUCGUUCGUUUUUUUUUCCUUCGAAAACUUUGACAGUCAAUUGAAGACAUGGCGAAACUUGGUCUGUUACUUCUCUGCGCCGUCUUGCUGCACACAGGAUACGCUCUGCAAUGUUACAACUGCGUGUCGACCGUGGCUAACAAAAACUGCGACGACUUGGCAGAGAAAGAUAAAAUUGCAGUGGCUACUUGUGGAAAAACCGUCGCUCCUGGUUACGCUGCCGCUUGUAUCAAGAAAGUCAUCCAAGACAAGACUACCAAUGUCCAGAACACAACCCGUGCGUGUAUCCUGACGAAAUCGGACGCAAACGCACGUGAAUGUGACGCAGCCUCCGACAGGAUCAACGUUGUUGCUUGUGAGAUCUGCAGUGAUGAUCUCUGCAACUCUGCCGAGCAAACACACUUCGGUAUCUUCACGUUGGUGGCCGCAGCGAUGGCUUUCGUUGCCGUCCAGCGUUUGCACUAGAACCACAUCCGUCCAGCAAAUCAAUCGUCAGCAUAGGAUUUGAAAGCAACGAAAUAAUAGCAAAUAAUUGGAGAUUGGAUGCGGACGAGAUGGACGUGAACAAACUUCACAAUUUUCACAAACUUGAUUGCUGUGGUUCAAUUUUGAAUGUACAUCUCAAUGUACUAAUAUUCAAGUAGUGCAGCGUUAAUCUUAAGUUGAUAAACACAUGUUUGGAUUGGCGGUUAUUGUAGGCGUUUCAAGUUGCACGAAUCUCUUGCAAAUCUCUGUGUAAUGAAUAUCUUUAGUAAUUUAUGAACAUGUAGCAUGUUGUACACGCGAACGCGAAUAGGUAAAAUGUACGAAUUGUUAGCUGAAUAUGUACUUGGUGUGUUAAAUUUUUUUGUAUUUUUGUUAUUAACACGUUUAUUAUUAACGUUAUUUGGAUAAAUCAAUCGAUUUGAAACUGGUUGCUAAAUUGUUAUGUAUAAUUGUCGUUUCUUCGAUGUGUAGCACUCUGGCAUUGUUCAAUAGGUUGCAAAUUUCUUCUUCUUGUAAUUAAUCUGUCAUAAUUUAUAGAAUUACUUAAAUUUCUUUGUAAUUUACCAGUUAAUAAACGUAUAUUACUUAGCUUAACCAAAGAAA